AUGACCAGCCUUCCUCUGUGUCUAUUAAUAUUUCACAUCGUACUAUUAGCAAAGAACCUUCAAGGAUUGUCGGUAUGCGCUUCACCGCGACCGCAGCAUAUUCGCAUUGAUCACCACGAUGUUGACACACAUCCUGAUCUUAUUGUUGAAACACCCAUCUUUUCAUGGACUAUCGAUGAUGAAGAACAUCUUUGCAAUGGUACAUUGAUACGUGGGAUUUAUCAAACUGCAUAUCAGAUUACUAUAACUCAAUUAAAUAGUUUCUAUUUACCCGAAGAAGGCUCUCAACUAGUCUAUGAUUCAGAUCGUGUCAGUUCGAACGUAACCAUUAACAUUCUUUGCACUAAUCUACCUUUAACAUCAGACACCCGCUAUAGAUACUCUAUUCAGUACUGGUCGUCGACGGGUUCAGUUAGUCAACUUAUAACUGGACAAUUUCGAACGCCAUUGUUCAAUCCGAAAUAUGAAUUCACGGCCAACUGGAUUGGUUCGCGUCAAAUUAAUAUGAAUGAAUUGCGACGGGAGUUUUACAUUUCACAAGAUAUACUUUCGGCCACUGUAUUUAUGAGUGGUAUGGGUUACGGCGUUUUGCACGUUAAUGGUAUCAACGUAGAUCCGUCACGUCGAUUUGAUCCUGGUUGGACGACAUAUACACAGCGCGUCCUUUAUGUUUCUUAUGACAUAACUAAAUUUCUUCAAAGUCGAGCCCUCAAUUGCGUUGGUGUACAAUUAGGGCUUGGGUUCUACACCCACGAACAAUGGGGUGGUGGAGUACCUGCCCCGGCACCGGAAGUAUUUGGUCCACCGGCACGAUUACUUAUACAAUUGAAUCUGAUGUUCACUGAUCAUUCGACAAUGAAUAUCAGUAGUGAUACAACAUGGCUUGGCCGAGAAGGUGCACACCGUAAAGAUAGCAUCUACAUGGGAACAUUCUAUGAUAGCCGUGCUGAACGUUAUAAUUGGUCUACACCUGGUUUUGUUGAUCCCUAUAGUUUAUGGUUGAAUGCCUCUCUCAUCGAAUCACCAUUAUCAUCAGCAUCCGGACAGUUGACAUAUCAAUCGAUGGAUCCGAUACGAAUUAGCCCAUAUGCACUACACAUUGCUACAUCCGCGGCUCGAACAAGUUACAAAUCAAUGCCACCAGGUGUCAUUGGAGGCAAUAUCGUAGAUGGUGGUGUCUUCAAUGCAACAGCAAUUCCAAAUCAACAAGUACCAACGUAUGAUGUUUCACAGAAUAUUGCCGGCUACUGUACGCUAACUAUUAGUGGAAGAAACGGAAUGUCUGUAUCUACACGACAUGCCGAACUAUUGAAUGCGCCUGGCACAAAUGGUAUUCAAUAUCAAGGACUCAAUCAAGCUAACUAUCAAAUCAUUACUGCUUCGGAUGAUUUUAUUAUCCAGGGCACACCACACGAAGUGUUAACACCGCUUUUUACGUACCACGGUUUUCGUUACAUCUCGAUAUUUGCUAAUUAUAUCACUAUCGAAUCAGUCGUAUGCGCAGCAAUUCAUAGUGAAACGAAACUGAUCGGUAACUUUACUUCAUCAUCACUGACACUCAAUCAGAUUCAACAUAAUAUACUCUGGUCACAAAUGAGUAACAUUAUGUCGAUCGUUACCGACUGUAGUCAAAGACAAGAACGACGAGGAUGGUUAGGCGAUGCAGCAUUAUCAGUCGACGUUGCACUAUUUAACUUUGAUUUAUAUGGAUUGUACGUAAAUACUUUGCAGAAUAUCGCUGAUGUCCAACACGAUGACGGAUCUAUUCCAGAUACUGCACCAUACUCCGUUGGCGGAUACGUGGCAGAUCCAUCAUGGGCGCAUGCUUAUCCAGAAAUUGCUUGGCGUCUGUAUCAACAUUACAAUGAUACUGUUGUUGUUAAAAAACAUUACCUUGGAAUUCAAAGAUGGAUAGAUUAUUUAACGAAUCGAGCACAAAAAAGUGGCCUAGGCAAUAUGUACUUUGCAUACGGAGAUUGGGAAACGCCGGUUCAUUAUCCAGUGACAAAUAGUUCUUUGGUGUCAGCAUUUUCCUAUCUAAGUGAUGUACAAACAAUGAUUGCGCUGUCCAAAAUUCUCAAUAAUCAAACUAAUAUCGACAAGUACAGUAAACUAUAUGAUCAACUAGCACUGGACUUUCAUUCUGCCUUCUACAAUCCUCAAGUCAAUGGCUAUGCUGAAGGACAUCAAACAGCCAAUGUUUUAGCAUUACGAUUACCUAAUGUUGUCCCUACUAAUCUUCGUGCGUCAGUUACCAAAGCCCUAGUGGAUAAUAUCGUUCAAAAUGGUAAUCAUUCCACUACGGGUAUUGUUGGUACAGCUGCUCUUUAUCCAGUUUUAACGGAUGCCGGUUAUCACGAUUUAGCUGUUGCGAUAGCUACUCAAACGACGUAUCCAUCUUUUGGAUAUAUGUUCAAUAACAAUGUACAAAAUGCGACAACAAACUGGGAAACGUACCAUGCUUUGAUUGAAGGCCAAGGUGGUACAGACAGUCUCAAUCAUCAUAUGUUUAACAGUAUCGGUGCUUGGUUUUAUCGAUAUCUGGCUGGUAUACAAUUGGAUGGGUUCAGCAACGAUCUCAUUAUUCAUCCCCGUCUCACCAAUGUUCUCGUCACUGUCGAAGCUGAAGUUCAUACAGUAAAGGGACCUAUUCUUGUCUCAUGGGAACGAGACAUCAAUAACAAGAUAGUCAGCUAUAAUAUCACAAUACCACACUCAUGUCAUGCUAUGUUGACAUUUGAACCUAUUGAAUCGAGCACUCGAUGUGUUUCGAUUGAAGAAAAUGGGAUACUGACUUGGCAACGAUCUACCUCGUUACUAGACACGAAAGUCAAUGGUAUUGUAUGGAUACGUCGUGAUACAAAGAUCAAAGGUGCAAUGCUUGCACGUGUACAAAGUGGUUCUUAUCAGUGGAAAGUACGCUGGGACUAA